CUUUCUUUUUAAUGUCGAUUGGAGCAGGGAAGGGCAGAAGCCGUGUUCUAAGCCCUUUCUCUCUCUACUCUCCGUCCUUUCUCUCCUUCUCUCUCCUCUCUCUCUCAUGAUUUGUUCCCGCUGUGGAAGAUUUUUUGUGGGUCUCUUCCUCGAAGAGCCUCUCGUCUCGUUCUCGUUGUCGACGAACCCCCCGAUGUUGACCUGAAUAUCUCGCUUUCCUCCGAGCAGCCCUCUUGAAAGUUAAGGAAUUAUUAAAAAGAAAAGAAGGAACGAUAGAAACCCUAGGAAAGAAAGGCUUCAUCGAAUUUGUAUUUCUCUUUCUCUCCUUGUUUCUUUUUCCGUCAAAGAAGAGGCCAGUGAUCGGGAAUUCAAGAUCUGUGAAUCGAGGCUCGAAGUUUCGCGGAUUUGAGAUCUGGCUGGAGGAAGUCGAGAUACGGUAGAUCGGUUAGGGUUUGGGGGGGCUCUAUUGCUUAUGGUUUGGUUAGGAUCUGGUUUUGAAAGGCCUGCUGUUUGAUUUCGCUGCUUCUCUGCGAAAAUGUCGAUUCUACCCAAGAGUGAUUCGAUUCACAUCAGGGAGGUGUGGAAUGAUAAUCUCGAGGAGGAAUUCGCUUUGAUUCGUGAGAUCGUGGAUGAUUACCCGUACAUCGCCAUGGAUACCGAGUUCCCUGGGAUUGUCCUUCGGCCUGUGGGCAAUUUCAAGACCAGUUCUGAUUAUCAUUACCAGACUCUGAAGGCCAACGUUGAUUUGUUGAAGCUGAUUCAGUUGGGGCUUACUUUUUCGGACGAGGCGGGGAACCUUCCGACAUGUGGGACUGACAAGUAUUGCGUUUGGCAAUUCAACUUCCGUGAGUUCAAUGUCAGCGAAGAUGUUUUUGCGAACGACUCAAUCGAGCUGCUGCGCCAGAGCGGGAUUGAUUUCAAGAAGAACAACGAGAAGGGUAUCGAUGCGCAGCGGUUCGGAGAGCUCCUCAUGUCAUCAGGGAUUGUGUUGAACGACAGCGUGCUUUGGGUGACGUUUCACAGCGGAUACGAUUUUGGGUACUUGCUUAAGCUCCUGACGUGCCAGAACCUUCCGGAUACGCAGGCUGGUUUCUUUACCCUGAUAAAAAUGUAUUUCCCAACUGUGUAUGAUAUCAAGCACCUCAUGAAGUUUUGCAAUAGCCUUCACGGUGGCUUGAACAAGCUUGCGGAGCUGUUGGAAGUGGAACGGAUUGGUAUCUGUCACCAAGCAGGGUCUGAUAGUUUGCUUACAUCUUGUACAUUCAGGAAGUUGAAAGAGGCUUUCUUUAAUGGCCAAACCGAGAAAUACGCAGGUGUUUUGUAUGGUCUCGGUGUUGAGAAUGGACAGAAUACUCAUUGAAAAGCAAAAGAUAACAAAAAAAUAAAAAAAAGAGAACUGUUUGUUUGAACAUCUUGGUGUGAGUCUCCCUUCUCUCUAUGUACACCAUUGGCAAAGCUUCUUAAGUUAUGAAUUUUCUCCUUUUCUUUUUUAA